AUGGCUGCUGUGAUGGGCUAUGGAGGUGACGAUGGUGACGAGCCACCACAUCCGUUCGGUGGAGCGGUGCCUCCAAAACGAAGAGGCAUGGCAGUAACCAAAAAAAUGUACAAGUUAUUUGCAGCUAAUGGCAGACGGCCUCUGAAGAUAGUAUUUGACAUAAAUACUCACAUGUCGAUUGGGGAAGUAUACAAAUGUUUCAUUUGGGAGGUUGGGAGCUAUAUGUGGCGUGACAUCGGUUUCGAUAAGGACACAUGGACUGACGUUUCUGAAGCCGAAAGGGUUGGCAUGUUCCAAUAUCUUUCGAUAUGUGCGCAAUAUAGAGGCCGCAAAAAUGUUGCAAAAACUCUUUUGACUGGUUUUGAAGGGAAUGUGGAGGCAGCAAGGGCUCAAGCCCCUGCGGCAUUUCAUCGCGGGCAUGUGAAUAAAAAAGGAGAAGUUUUUGAUCCUUUGGUUGAAGACGAAUAUAAUGCAUUAGCUGCUGAGGUUGCUCUACAAACUCAUCACAUAGACGACUCCGAUGGUGAUCCAGACACCAUUGAUUGGAUCGCAAUAUUUGAGAAGGUGUUGGGUACUCAAAGGGGGCAUGUGAGAGGCAUUGAGCCUAAACCUUCUUCAACAGUGGGUAAAAGUGCUCAAUCCCAAUAG